GUACUGCGGUUGGUCCUAUGGUAUAUGCAAAUUACGGGCGUGUGAAGGAUUACACAACGUUGAGAGAAAUGGGAGUUAAUGUAUCGAAUACUGUUGUAUUGGCUAGAUAUGGGAAGAUAUUCAGGGGAGACAUUGUACAUAAUGCUUAUUCUGCGGGUGCGAUAGGGGUGUUAAUUUUUACUGAUAAGAAGGACUAUGGCGGCGAAAGAUGGUUUCCGGAUGAUAAAUGGAUGCCACUAAGUGGAGUUCAAGUUGGAUCGGUGUAUGAUGGAAUUGGUGAUCCUACAACACCGGGUUGGCCUAGUACCGGUGAAUGUGAGAGAUUGUCGGACGAGGAAGUGGAGAAUGAAGGGAAUGUACCAUUGAUACCUUCGUUGCCGAUUUCAUAG